CGGUGAGCCUUCACGCCUAGGUCGCUAAGCCGACGCAAGACCCCCAUUGCUACUGAGGGAGUAAGCGAGAGAGUAUAGAAACCCUAGCAACGCAAUCGGAUCCGAUUUGACGGUUUAGAAGUUGUUGUAUUGUUUCAGAUAAUACAUUAGAGUGUUCAGUUUCCUGUCUCUAUUCUUUGCCAUGGCGGCUGAGAAUCUCUUUAAGGAUGAAGCCAUUGAAGAGAAGGGUGAGCGGGCCAGAAUGGCAUCCUUUAUUGGAGCAAUGGCUAUUGCUGACUUGGUUAAGACAACCUUGGGACCUAAGGGAAUGGAUAAAAUUUUACAAUCAACAGGCAGAGGACACAGUGUCACUGUUACGAAUGAUGGUGCAACCAUCUUAAAAUCACUUCACAUUGACAAUGCAGCUGCUAAAGUACUUGUUGAUAUCUCAAAAGUUCAAGAUGAUGAAGUUGGUGAUGGGACAACCUCAGUUGUCGUUUUGGCUGGGGAGCUCUUACGGGAGGCUGAAAAGUUGGUGGCAGCAAAGAUACAUCCGAUGACAAUAAUUUCAGGUUAUCGGAUGGCAGCUGAAUGUGCUCGCAAUGCUUUGUUGCAGAAAGUCAUUGAUAAUAAAGAGGAUGCUGAGAAAUUUAAAUCAGAUUUGAUGAAGAUUGCGAUGACUACUUUGAGUUCUAAGAUACUCUCCCAGGAUAAGGAGCAUUUUGCGAAACUGGCCGUUGAAGCUGUUAUGAGGCUAAAGGGCAGCACAAACUUAGACUCCAUCCAAAUUAUUAAGAAGGCUGGAGGAUCUCUGAAGGAUUCGUUUCUCGACGAAGGCUUUAUUUUGGACAAAAAAAUUGGCAUUGGCCAGCCAAAACGCAUAGAGAAUGCAAAGAUUCUGGUGGCAAAUACUGCGAUGGAUACAGAUAAAGUAAAAAUUUAUGGGGCCCGUGUUCGUGUUGAUUCAAUGUCUAAGGUUGCCCAGAUUGAAGGGGCUGAAAAGGAAAAAAUGAGAGAGAAAGUGCAAAAGAUUAUAGGUCAUGGAAUUAACUGCUUUAUUAACAGGCAGCUGAUUUACAAUUUCCCAGAGGAACUAUUUGCUGAUGCAGGAAUACUUGCAAUUGAGCAUGCUGACUUUGAGGGUAUUGAGCGCCUGGCUUUGGUUACUGGUGGUGAGAUUGCUUCAACCUUUGACAAUCCCGAGACAGUUAAGCUUGGGCACUGUAAGCUCAUUGAGGAAAUCAUGAUUGGUGAGGAUAAGCUGAUCCACUUUUCUGGUGUUGAAAUGGGCCAGGCUUGCACAAUAGUGCUGAGAGGUGCAAGCUUUCAUGUGCUUGAUGAGGCUGAAAGAUCUCUGCAUGAUGCGUUGUGUGUGCUGUCCCAGACUGUAAUUGACAGCAGGGUUUUAUUCGGUGGUGGAUGGCCUGAGAUGGUGAUGACAAAGGAAGUGGACGAGCUUGCCCGGAGGACCCCUGGGAAGAAGUCUCAUGCUAUUGAAGCUUUCUCACGUGCACUCCAGGCCAUUCCAACAAUCAUUGCUGAUAAUGCUGGUUUGGACAGUGCUGAAUUGAUUUCUCAGCUCCGUGCAGAUCACCACAAGGAAGGAAGCCGUGCUGGGAUUGAUGUAAUCACUGGAUCUGUGGGGGACAUGGCGGAGCUGGGGAUUUCCGAGUCAUUCAAAGUUAAACAAGCAAUAUUGCUCUCUGCAACUGAAGCAGCAGAGAUGAUUCUUAGAGUUGAUGAAAUAAUAACCUGUGCCCCUCGGAAGAGAGAAGAUAGAAUGUGAGAACAAGGGAGAUCAUGGGUCGUGGCCAUUGUUGUAACACCGUGCUUUUUCUAUAACUAAGGUUACGAUGUACGUGCAUGCUGAUUCUUAUAUGACUUACACUGGUCAGGUUGCAAAUUGAGGUCUUAUUUUGGGUGAUUUGGCUUGUCAGGAUGAGAAGAAACCUUGGGGUUUUUUGGUUGUCAUAUUAUGGGGGAUAAAUCAUUGUACUGGAUUAAAAAUUGUUCUAGUCGUUUCUUAUUCUGUUUAUGGCUGAUGAAAUUUUUGUUUUUAAAUGCUUAUUGAGG